AGCUAAUUUGCUCAGCUCCUUCUUCUCCAAGCGGUGCCCUCUUUCACUUUUUUCCCCCAAAAAGAAUUAAUAUCUGCCAUGGAAGUACCACUCCAAGCUGAGCAUGAGCUUGAACUCGAAACCCAAUCAUCUUCUUCAUCAUCAUCGUCGUCAUCAUCAUCCCCUUUAGUUAUUAAAUCAAACAAAAUUCAAAAACUGACUCAAAAAACAAACGAAAACAAGAGGAAGUUCAACAAUGGCGACGAACUUGAAGGGAAACAUCCCGCAUACAGAGGUGUGAGAAUGCGUCAAUGGGGGAAAUGGGUAUCUGAAAUCCGUGAACCAAGGAAAAAAUCAAGGAUUUGGUUAGGCACGUUCCCCACGGCGGAAAUGGCGGCUCGAGCUCACGAUGUGGCGGCGCUUGCCAUUAAAGGCAAAUCGGCUUACUUGAAUUUCCCAGAUAUAGCUCAUGAGCUUCCUCGGCCGGUAAGUUCAUCGCCUAAGGAUAUUCAAGCUGCUGCUGCUAAAGCUGCUGCUUUGAGUUACGAUCAAAUGGCGCCGCGUUCUCCGUCAUGUACGGCGUAUUCGACGGUUUCUCAUGAGAGUACAAGUUCAUCGUCGAAUGAUAAGGAUGAUGCUUUCAUUGAUCUUCCAGAUUUGUUGAUGGAUAUGAAUCAUCAAAUGUAUGAGUUCUGGGGUGUUGAUAUUAAUGGUUUUUUGGGGUCUGAAGAGCCUCGCCUUUGGGAAUAUUGCUAAUUUGGUCCAUCAACAAUAUCAUCAUGUUGUAAUAUUUUUCCAUUAAUUUACAGGUUUUAUUUUAAAAUCCAA